AUGUCUCAACCAAAAUACGAACUCCUCUACCACCCCGGCAUCCCCGGCCGCGGCGAAUUCAUCCGCCUCGCCUUCGAAGUGACCGGAAUACCCUACACCGACAUCGCCAACUCCCAAAAAGAUGGCUACGCCACCGUCCAGAAGACCUGCAUGAACACCACCUCAACCGCGAGCGAAGGCAGCAAUCCACCCAUGUUCGCUCCUCCCGCCCUUCGUAUCCCCGGAGCCGGCAAAAACGGCGAAGCGCUGGUCAUUGCUCAGACGUCGAAUAUCCUGCUCUACCUGAGUGAGAAAUUGAGCCUUCUGCCGGAAGGUGAUGAGAACGGGAAGUACUUUGUCAACCAGUUGGUGUUGACAGCAUUGGAUCUCAACAAUGAGAUUCAUGAUACGCACCACCCUAUCGGCCCAUCGUUGUACUACGAAGACCAGAAAGACGCGAGUCUGCUCAAAGCGAAAGAUGUGCGGGAGAAUCGGAUUCCGAAGUUCUUGUCGUAUUUUGAGAGGGUUUUGAAGGGGAAUGGAGACGGGAAGUAUCUUGUGGGAGAGCGGGUGACGACGGCGGAUGUGACGGUGUGGCAGGUGUUGGAUGGGUUGCAAUUUGCGUUUCCCAAGGAGAUGGCAGUGAGGAGGAAGGAGUUUGAGGCACUGUUCAAGUGGUAUGAGGGUUUCAAGGAGGAGAAGGGAUUGAAGGCUUAUCUUGGGAGUGAAAGGAGAUUGCCGUAUAGUCAGGGCGUUUUUAGGUAUUACCCGGAGUUGGAUAGGCAGGAGUAG